AUGAUGAAGCGUAGAACAUCCGCUACCGUACCAGUCAUCCAGGAUGACGAGAAGACGUCACCGAAGACUGAUUCAAAAACGACAUCCUCUACUCCAAUGAUUCAACGCCGAGUAUCCCUUUUCGACUCCCGUCAGCCCCCAUACGAACACCCCAUCGACCUGCGCCUCGGACUUCACUUCAACGGUGACAAUCAUGCAUGCAGUAGAAUAUGCAGAUCAGACGCCACAUCAACAUCCCUCGACGAACGAUUCAGAAAAAUGCGCGAUGAUCCCAGAAGGUCGCCCAUCGGCGCGUGGUGUUCACUAGAGAUGAUGACAUAUACGGUCGGACUCCCGCUGCAAAUGAACGCCCUUGUUUUGAGAGUUGAAAUCGAGGAUCCCGAAUACUGGAUCAAGGUACAUGACAAGGUGGUCAAGUUCAGAGACGAGUGCUUCUGGGAUGUCUUUGUGCCGAUUCGGUAUUACGAGCUUGAGGUUGACGAUAAUUUCUGA